AUGGACUUGCCAUUUCUGAAUGCAUAUUUGGAAGCUAUUGGGGCACCGAGUUUUAGAAAAGGAUGCAACUUUGCAGCUGCAGGUUCUACCAUACUUCCAGCUACUGCAUCUUCUGUUAGCCCUUUUUCAUUUGGGAUUCAAGUGGCUCAAUUUUUCAGAUUCAAGGCUCAAGUUCAAGAACUUCAGGCUAAAACAAGCAAAUAUGACAAGUACAUUCCACCUCAGGAUUAUUUUCAGAAGGGGCUUUACAUGUUUGAUAUAGGCCAGAAUGAUCUGGCAGGAGCUUUCUAUUCUAAAACUUUUGAUCAAAUUCUAGCUUCAAUUCCAUCAAUUUUAUUGGAAUUUGAAGAUGGCAUCAAGAAAUUAUACGACCAACAGGCAAGAAAUUUUUGGAUUCACAACACAGGUCCCCUUGGUUGUUUGCCACAGAAUGUUGCCAAAUUUGGAAAUGAUCCAUCAAAGCUUGAUGAACUUGGAUGUCCCAUAACGGCAUGCUGUGGAUAUGGAGGUCCACCUUUGAACUAUGACAGUAGAAUUGGCUGUGGACAAACAAAGGUUUUGAAUGGAAGUUCAGUGACAGCCAAAGGUUGUAAUGACAGCACAGAAUAUUUGAAUUGGGAUGGGAUUCACUACACUGAGGCCGCAAAUCAGUAUGUUGCAUCACAGAUUCUCACUGGAAAAUACUCUGAUCCAUCAUUUACAGACAAUCUGCCUUUCCUUUUAAAACUUAAAUUCUAA